CGCUACUGUAGUUGGGAAACAGGAAGUGAUGUCACUGCUUGUGUUUUGGUUAAUGACAGCAGAGGCAGGCCUGGCUAGGGUUGGAACGGGUUCUCGCUGUUACUGAGCGGAUUCAAGGCGCCCUCCGAUGGAACAGUCUUCUCAGUCCUACAUGCUUGCCAACUUAACCCAUCUGCAUUCAGAACAUCUGUUACAGGGCCUGAACCACCUCCGACAGCACCAAGAGCUCUGUGACAUUGUGCUGCAGGUAGGAGAUGUCAAGAUACAUGCCCAUAAAGUGGUGCUUGCAAGCAUCAGCCCUUACUUCAAAGCCAUGUUUACCGGAAACCUUUCUGAGAAAGAGAACUCGCAGGUGGAGUUUCAAUGCGUUGAUGAAGCCGCCCUCCAGGCCAUCAUUGAAUAUGCCUAUACAGGAACAGUCUUCAUCUCCCAAGAGACAGUGGAGUCUCUUCUUCCAGCUGCAAACCUCCUCCAGAUCAAGCUAGUACUGAAGGAAUGCUGUGCAUUCUUGGAAAGCCAGCUUGAUGUGGGCAAUUGCAUUGGCAUUUCCCGUUUUGCUGAGACCUAUGGAUGCCAUGAACUCUAUCUGGCUGCCAAUAAGUUCAUUUGCCAGAAUUUUGAAGAUGUUUGUCAGACAGAAGAAUUUUUUGAGCUGACAAAUUCUGAGUUGCAUGAAAUUGUUUCCAAUGACUGUUUGAAUGUUGUUAAUGAGGAGAAUGUUUUUUAUGCACUAGAAUCAUGGAUCAAGUAUGAUGUGCAGGAAAGGCAGAAAUACCUGUCUCAACUGUUGCACUGUGUCCGACUGCCAUUGCUGAGUGUCAAAUUUCUCACCAGGUUGUAUGAAGCAAAUCACCUUAUACGCGAUGACCACACAUGUAAACACUUACUGAACGAAGCUCUGAAAUACCAUUUUAUGCCUGAACAUAGACUGUCCCAUCAGACGGUGCUAAAGACUCAGCCUCGUUGUGCUCCAAAAGUGCUUUGUGCAGUGGGAGGGAAAGCUGGACUGUUUGCUUGCCUGGAUAGUAUGGAGAUGUAUUUUCCUCAGGAUAACUCUUGGAUAGGACUUGCCCCACUUGGUUCGCCUCGUUAUGAAUUUGCACUUUGUACUCUGGACCAAAAAUUGUAUGUUGUGGGGGGAAUAGCAACUCACAUGCGACAGGGAAUCAACUAUAGAAAACACGAGAAUUCAGUAGAAUGCUGGGAUCCGGUCACAAACACAUGGACAGCACUGGAGAGAAUGACAGAAUGCCGGAGUACUCUUGGAGCAGUUGCUUUGGCCGGCGAACUCUAUGCUUUGGGAGGGUAUGAUGGACAAUCCUGUUUACAGUCAGUUGAAAAGUACAUACCCAAAGCAAAGGAAUGGCAGCCAGUGGCGCCAAUGAUUAAAACAAGGAGUUGUUUUGCUGGCGCUGUAUUGGAUGGCAUGAUAUAUGCUAUUGGUGGUUAUGGUCCCGCUCACAUGAACAGUGUGGAAAGGUACGAUCCAAGUAAAGACUCCUGGGAGAUGGUUGCCCCAAUGUCAGAUAAAAGAAUUCACUUUGGUGUCAGCGUUAUGCUGGGAUUUAUAUUUGUUGUGGGAGGACACAAUGGUGUGUCUCACUUGUCUAGUAUUGAGAGGUUUGAUCCCCAUCAAAACCAGUGGACUGUUUGUAGACCUAUGAAGGAACCCAGAACUGGAGUUGGUGCAGCAGUAAUUGAUAACUACCUCUAUGUCGUUGGAGGUCACUCAGGGUCAUCUUAUUUGAAUACUGUGCAGAAAUAUGAUCCCAUCUCAGACACCUGGCUGGAUGUGGCUGGGUCUUGGAAAAAACAAAGUGGUUCAAAGAGAUUUGGUAAAGCAAAAGCAAGGACCAGAUGCCAAAAGCAAGGACCAGAUGCCAAAAGAUGACAACAAAGAACUUCAGUGAACCAUUAUAACUUUUGUUUUACAGGCACAAUUCACACUUUCUUAAUAAAGAUUUUACUACACGCAUACCCAUCUAGUGUACCCACACUCACACACUCAUACAUGAACUUUUCCCAAUAUUUAAGACCAUUGUAUAAAUGUUUCUAAUGGGGUUUAGCAUAGGAUUUUGUGUUUCUAUGUAUAAUUUUAAAUUCAUUUUUCUAAUGAAUUGUAUAAAGUUAGAUUAGGAAUUGACAGUCCUAGGAAAGUACAGAAGAGCUCAUAUCGCCGAGGGAAUGAUUCCGAAGGGAUGGUGGGAGAAUUUCUCCUGUAAGGUUUUCGCUCCCACUGUGUUCUUCUGUACUAGUGGGUAUAACUAGAAAAUGGGGCAACAUAGGAGAAGAAAAAGUGAGGGAAUGUGGUGCCAUUUUUAUCACAGGGAUAUUGGA